AUGUCUUCUUUGGCACAAACAGACAAACAGUCCAAAUACACGCUACGAUGUCCUUUCUGCCGAUCAAAGGUGAUAUCGUCGCAACCGCCGAGACCGAUCUACACCGCCCAACCGCCGCCUGACCGGGCUGAGUUCUCGUUCGUCAACGUGACAGAGUCCCUGGGUGUGGAAUCUUCCGCUCCUGAUCAACCUGUCCAGUUCUAUCUGGUCGGUUCGAUGUGGGACUUUGAUAACAUCGGCGUCAGCAGACCGUCGUCCACCAUUAAUGUCGAAAUGAGCCCUAUCGAACCCGAAACCCAGACCCUAAGUCUAGAGUUGGCUCGUUUCCUCACCUGCGCAGACUGCGACAAGGGCCCGUUGGGAUUCGCAGCCCAACAACAUAACACAGAUACAACACAACCACAAACAGGCGAAACGCUCACUUACUUCUUGGCAACAAACUCCUGCAUCUACGAUAAUUAA